AUCAGAUUUCUCUAUUCAACGCUCAAUUUCGGUAACUCCCAUGCUUGCUUGGCCUUUAGGUAACAGGCCUUGAAAGAUAUCUGACGCACUACAACAAUAUUCAACGCCCCACAAGUGCCUUUUGUAUGAAACAGUGAAAAGGACGAGGGAAUUCCUUGUUUUAUUUCAUCUUUUUGGAAGUGGUGAUGGAAUUUGUAAAGACGGUGUCAAAAUAGAAUAUAUGCGCAGUCCCAUCAAACAUGUAAUAUUCAUCUUGCAAGGAUUUUAGCAAGCAGUGUGGGUAUCCAACUUUAAAAAGGCAGAAGCAAUAGGUCGAGAGGUGCGUGGCUAAGGUGGUGUGCUUGGCUAGGAAGAAAUGUGGACGAAGAUGAGCAAGUCAGGAACAGUAAUCUGUUCACUGGUGGGAUUGUUGGGGUUGAUAGCUGCUAUUUUGGGCUUCGUUGCAGAGGCCAAGCAUGUCCGGGCUGGGGAAGUUAAAAUGACAUCAAGUGGGAGGUGCUUAUAUCCCAGAAGUCCUGCUCUAGCAUUGGGCAUAACUGCUGCGGUUGCCCUACUUUUGGCUCAAAUUAUUGUAAAUUCUGUAGUUGGUUGCAUUUGUUGUUUAUAUGGUAAUCGUUAUCCUCCAAGCUCCAACAGGACAAUUGCUGUCAUCUGCCUUGUUGUUUCAUGGAUUACUUUUGCAAUUGCAUUUAUUUUGCUUAUGGCUGGGGCUGCUCUUAAUGACAAACACAAUGCAGAUAUAAGGACCUUUGGUGAUUAUUGCUAUGUUGUAAAGUCGGGGGUGUUUGCAGGAGGGGCAGUUCUAGCCUUGGCUACUGUAACUCUUGGCAUUAUCUACUUUAUUACAGCGUCUGCUGCAAAGAGCUCUUCUGAAUGUGGUCCUCAGAAUAUUGCUAUGGCCCAACCACAGUAUGGACGGUCCACUAUGCAACCUGUUUUUGUGCCUGAACAACACCCUCAAUAUGGUCAGUAUUCUCAAUACUCUCGUGGAUCCCAGCAGCCUCCAGGACCAUCAGACAAUUUCCAAAGGGCAACCUGGAGAUAAGCGGUAGAGCUUUUGAAAAUGGAUAUGGAAUUUUGCAGUAGCUACCUGUAUCAUAAGCAUUGCUCUUUUCCUGAUCAGUGCGCCUCAGUAUCAUUUGGUGUAUACUGUAUAUACAUGGUCAGCUGUUUUAUGUGUUCUCGCUAAACAUGUUUCUAGAUUAUACAUCCACUUUCUAUGUUUUUCGUGUUUACAUUACUUAAACAUGUUUUCAUCGUUGACAAUAAAUGUCAAAGUAAAACUAUUAACUUCACAAUAUUUUUUAAAUUUGUUGCUCUGUAAUAUGUGUGGGUAAAUUUGGCCUACAAUCCCUGGGUUGACUUGUAUUUUUGUAACAGACUGUAAGUUUCUGGGUGCUUAAAAUAUUCAAAUGAUAUAUCAAUCUUUUCUCUA